CGGCUAGCUACCGGGCGCGGCAGAUGCGGGCGGCGAUCAUUGAGGACUCCGGGGCACGCAUCUCGCCCGCGGUACUCCUCCAAGUCCUGGCGGCCCUGCUUCGGCUGGUCGCUGGUCGAUAUAAGAAACAGAUUUGGCAACCCGAUAAUCUGUUCUGAACGAUGAGAGCUCAGGCUAAAGUCAUGGCUAGAUUUCCAAUUACCACAGAAACUACAGGCCGAAUUGAACACAAGUCUAGGUACACUAACCAAUUUAUCGACUGGAACAUUGAAUGGUUCGAUUAUCGAUGCCAUGAUGUACAGAUCAAUUGGGAAAAAUUCAACCUUUUUAUAAUUGUUAAAAUUUGACAAGUAGCACCGCUCAUUGAAGCAGACAGCAACAAAAUGCAUGGCGGAUGCUGGAGGUGCAGCCUUGCUACCAACCCACGAUCAACAAAAAAAGCAGAAGGUAUGGUUUCAUAUUUUAUCUUUCAAGUGCAAUACGUUUAAUUUUGAGUCAUUAUGAAAUUUGAGUUUUCAAACAGAAGUGAUCUGUGGAUGUUUAUUACAAUGGCGAUGCUGCAUGAGCAUUACUGUUUGGCGGGUUGCCUUACCUGACGAUGAAUAUUCGUUCUUCUUAUGUUUAAGGCCUGGAGGAGGGAAGGGAAGUAGAAGUAGGGAAGGAGAGGGAAGGGAAAAGGGGGGAGUGGUAAACAACGAAAGGCACGUUGCUGCGGAAAAAAAUUUCGUCUGAGUCCCUGACAUUACACUAAUUCAUUAAUGUAGCACGUAGGAGAGUGACGGGAUUGUUAAACAUUGAAAUCUGGAAAUGCAGAAUAAAAAAGGCUGAAGAAAUUCGGAAAGAAUUGCGCCAGGCUGAGCGUGCUAGUGGCGUCAAAGUGGCUAGGAAAAGGCUUCAACAGAGCCGAAAUAAUAAUAAGAUCAACGAUCUAAGUCAGCAUGAUGUUCACUUGCUUGCCUCCAGUGUGAGUGAAUUGUGUGAUGGAUAUAGACUGCCAUCUCCCCCAUCUUCCUCGAAUUCAACAACGUUACCUGCAGGCUUAGAAACUGGUUAUCAAAGCUGUGAUGAACCUGAUUCUAGUUCAGAAUCUGACAGUAGUGACAGUGGCUGUGAACACUACGACCUUUGGCCAAUCAGACAGCCCUUCAGAUGAUGGAAGAGAAUCUGUGCCUCACACACAGCAACAAUGCCAUACUCCUGAACAUUUAACAAACAUUACCAUCACAGAACCUGAGGUUACAAGUGAUAUCACAAAUGAAGAAAAAAAUUAUUAGGACCAGACUUCGCAAUUGGGCUGUGAAACACAAUGUUGUGCGGCAGGGUGUUGAUAAGUUGCUAUCACUAAUGAGAGAUGCUGGACUAAGAUUCUUACCCCAGAGUGUAAAAACAUUGCUUGAAACACCAAAGAAGAACAGUCUGCUAAUACGAACUCUUGCUGUUGACCUAUUCAGUGAUGGUAUAUCACCACACAAAUGUGUGCGAAGACAUCUGUGGGUUAUUUCAUGCUGUCUGAAGAGUGACAAUCAACCGUUUGUUGUCGCUAUGUGGUGUGCUUCACUACAUGAAUCUUCUGACGUCGAUAAAUUUUUGAAAGAUUUAAUCGAAGAAGCACGUUCCCUCAUUGAUAAUGGUGUUGAGUUGAAUGGCACCAAAUAUUCUUUCCGCGAUCGUUGGUUUCAUGCUGAUGCUCCAGCCCGUUCCUGGCUGAGGAAAGUAAAUAAACAUGGCAGCUACAACUGUUGUGAGAGGCAUGAUAGGUGUACUGUGAAGGGAAGAUGGUUUGGAAGGAGAAUGACAUAUUUACCCGGCGUAUCUGAACUCAGGACAGAAGAAUCGUUUCGAUUGCAUCAUCAGCCUGCUCAUCAUUUAGGUGUAUCUUCACUUCUUGACUUGAAUAUGAACAUGAUAGAACAAUUUCCGUUGGAUGGCAUGCAUUUAAUUUUUCUGGGUGUGGUAAAACAGUUUGUGGGCAUGUUACUGAAAUCUAAAGGAAGUAAGCAAAAACUAAAUGACACUGUUAUUGUCUCACUCUCUGAGAUGUGUGUGAGCCUUAGAUCACAUUUUCCAUCUGACUUUGAAAGGAAACCUCGAUCCCUUCAAGAUUGGAAAUUGUUCAAAGCUGUAGACUAUAGACGUUUAGUUUUUUAUGAUGGUAUUGUGGUUUUUCACAAUUUGCCCAAGGAAGUGUACUCCUGUUUUUUACUACUCUCUUGUGCUAUGAGGAUAUUAGUUGAUGACAAGUUACGGCAGCAGUGUUCACAUGAUGCUCAUGUCCUGUUGACUGAGUUUGUCAGGUUUAAUGAGAAAGUUUUUGGCAGAACCUUUAUCAUAUACAAUGUUCAUCACUUACAACACUUCACUGCUGAGUGUAUGAAGCACGGCAACCCUGAGGAAUUCAGCUACUUCAAAUAUGAAAAUAGCUUUAGAGGACUCAAGGCCAUUCUACGUGCUCCAGGCCGUGAACUAAUACAAUAUUUAAAUAGAAGUGAAGAAAAAAACAGAGCAUUGUAUAAUAAUAGAUAUUGUUAUUCCAAUUCUACCUCUCUAGAAGGACCGCAUCACCUAGGGCCUUCCUUAAAUAUGCCAGGACAGCAGUUUUCAAAAGUUUCUCUAAAAAACUUUAUGUUACAAUUACAUGGACCUGAUUCGUAUUGCCUUAUGAAAAAUGGAGAUUGUGUGCAAAUUGUUAUUUUUCUGCGAGACUGUGAAAAUGUUACUGUUAUUGAAAAAGCAUUUCAACAAAAGAGCGAUUACUUUCUUUACCUUGUAAAAUCAUCUAUUUUUAAUAUUUUUGUAGUUUCACAACCAGGAAAUAUUUCACAUUGGAACUUAAAUUAUAUUGAGCGAAAGAUUGUUUUGCUUCCCACUAGCGAGGGCUUCGUUUGUAUCCCCAUGCUGCACUCAUGA